AUGCGUCCGUAUCGUCUCCCAGGACCAGAACGUCGUGAUGUGAUGCCAUUCACUGCGCGAUCUUCACCACCACGUGGUGCUAAAUUGGAUAUGACUGCUGAGGAAAGAGAUCAGAGAACAUUGUUCAUCUUACAGAUCGCUCGUCAAACUCGUCCACGUGAUCUUGAAGAGUUCUUCAGUGCUGUUGGUAGCGUGCGUGAUGUGCGUAUAAUUACCGAUUCAAGAACGGGACGAUCUAAAGGAAUCGCUUAUGUUGAAUUCUGGGAAGAGGAAAGUGUUCCUCUUGGAUUAGCUCUUAGUGGGCAGAAAUUGCUGGGUAAUUUAUUUAGUUGUUUUCCAUUGUUAGCUUCUACGUGCUUAAAGUUCCACAUUUUAGGAGCUCCGCUUGUGAUCCAGCGUACCUGUGCUGAAAGAAACCGUGCAGCAAACGCAACUAUCGGCACAAGUCUUGGAUUUGGCCCUGCUCCUUCAAAGGGUCCUUGUAAACUUCAUGUGUCACAGUUGCAUCCAAAUAUCACUGAGAGUAUGUUGGACGGCAUAUUUGAUGCGUUCGGUCGUGUAGAGAAGAUAGAAGUGGUUAAAGAUCCUGCUGGGAACAGUAUGGGUUACGGUUUUGUAACGUUUAAACUGACAGAAGAUGCAACAAAAGCUAUGGAACAAUUGAACGGUUUUGAGAUUGCUGGCAAACCAAUCAAAGUUUCAGUUGUUGACGAGGAUGAGGAGUCGAUACGACAACGAAGUUUAGACGACGUUGCCGACGAGAAACAGGGUCUUGCACUUGGCCAGGGUGGACGUAUACAACUCAUGGCGAAACUUGCACAAGGUACUGGAAUUGAACUCCCUCCAUCUGCUCAGCAAGCCUUACAACAGCAAGCUGCAGAUCCCACUAUUCCUGCUAUUGCCACCCAAUGUUUCAUGCUCUCAAAUAUGUUCGAUCCUAGAACUGAAACUCGUCCCACGUGGGCGACAGAAGUGCGAGAUGAUGUAAUAGAGGAGUGUUACAAGAAUGGGGGUGCUCUUCACGUGUAUGUGGAUACCGCAAGUCCACAAGGAAAUGUUUAUGUGAAGUGCCCAUCAGUUGCAAGCGCUCAUAAGAGUGUAUCCGCACUUCAUGGACGAUGGUUCAGUGGAAAGGUGAUCACAGCGAAUUAUGUGCCCGUAACGUCAUAUCACGAACUCUUCCCGGAUGCUCUAGUUGCUAGAAACAUCCUAGUCCCAAAACCCAGCGAUCAGCUUACGGGUGCUCCUGUAUCAAACUUUGCCGCACCACCUCCUCCUACUAUGUCCGGAUACGGAGCCCCUCCUCAAACCGGUUACUAUUAG